AAAAAAUUGCGUCCAAUCCCCCACAAUUCCUUUCUCUGAAGAUCACCUCCUGAGCUUUCGAAGGCUAGCCGUCGUCCUUAACCCGCUUCCUCCUCCUCCUCUUUUCCAUGGCUCUCCACUAUCGCCAUCUCGGCCAGAGCCCGCGACGCGUCGAGCUCCAUCUCGACCAUUCCCCAUUGUUCAUGACCUCACAAAUACUCUUUUAACACUUUGUGUUUGGAAACAAAACAAUGUUUAGAGUACUAGAGCUAUCCUUGCCAAAUACCGUUUUACCCUGCUCUCCAUGACUGGAAUAGUUCCUACCUCAAAGAUUCCUUCUUUUUUUUCGGUUUGCCACACAUGAAGGUAUCCUUUCCUACAAGGCCGGCCUAUAUCCUCUUUUGUCCCUUUCUCUAGACUCCAUUCUCUAAUAAAAACGAAGGUACUUCCUUUAGGCCCCUUGCCAGCCAAAGACAUGAGAGCUCUGCAGAUGCCGCCUCUAAUUACUCGCAAGCUCCUCCCCUCGAGCUCUCCGCCUCUCUCCCUUCCAAGAUCCCGCCCACUUCCAAACAAAACCAUCAUCAGAGCUCGCAGCAGCAAACCGCAAAGCUUCUUGGAUCUGAGCCACGAAGCCAAGCCAGAGUGUCUCGCCAUCGACCUCCAAUGGCACGAGCCAUCGAACUCAUCAUCCUACGACGCGGUCAUCGUAGGCUCCGGCCCAGCCGGCCUGCGCCUCGCCGAGCGAGCUUCCGCGCACGGCAUUCGCGUCUGCUGCAUCGACCCCUCGCCGCUCUCAGCGUGGCCCAACAACUAUGGCGUUUGGGUUGAUGAGUUCGAGGCUAUGGGCCUCGAGGGCUGCCUCGAUAAGGUGUGGCCAAUGACGACUGUCUUCAUUGACGAUCGGAACACAAAGCAUCUCGGCCGCCCUUAUGGUAGAGUCUGUCGUAAAAGACUAAAGACGCAGCUGCUGCAAGGAUGCGCCUCUAAUGGGGUCAAGUUCCACAAGGCCAAGGCAUGGAAGGUGGAGCACAAGGAGUUCAGCUCCGCCGUGACGUGCUCCGAUGGCUCCGAGCUGAAAGCUAGCAUGGUCGUCGACGCCACCGGAUUCACGAGUCCAUUUAUAGAGUUUGAGGGGCCGGUGAGGAACCACGGGUACCAGAUUGCGCAUGGGAUACUCGCAGAGGUGGAGGGCCACCCUUUCGACACGGACAAGAUGGUGCUCAUGGACUGGAGGGACUCGCACUUAGGCAACGAGCCUUGGUUGAGGCCUCGGAACGACAAGCUCCCGACGUUCCUUUAUGCGAUGCCCUUCGACUCCAAGUUGAUCUUCCUCGAAGAGACGUCGCUGGUGAGCCGGCCGGCGCUUCCAUACGUUGAAGUGAAGAGGAGGAUGGUGGCCAGGCUGAGACACCUUGGGAUCAAGGUGGAGCGCGUGAUCGAGGGUGAGAGGUGUUUGAUUCCGAUGGGCGGGCCGCUACCUGCCAUUCCCCGGAAUCUCAUGGGGUUUGGCGGGUCCGCCGGACUGGUGCACCCGUCCACGGGGUACAUGGUGGCAAGAACCUUGGCCUUGGCUCCGGUGGUUGCCGACGCUAUGGCGGAGUGCUUGGGCUCGACAAGGAUGAUACGAGGGAGGCAGCUUUACAGAAGGGUGUGGGCUGCGCUGUGGACAGGGGAGAGGAGGAGAGCUAGGGAGUUCUACUGCUUUGGGAUGGAGACUCUGCUGAGGCUGGACUUGAAGGGCACAAGGAGGUUCUUUGAUGCUUUCUUUGAUCUGGAUCCAUACCAUUGGGAAGGGUUCCUCUCUUCCAGGUUGUCCCUUGGGGAGCUGCUUGCUUUGAGCUUGUCUUUGUUUGGGCAUGCAUCAAAUCCUUCCAAGUUUGACAUUGUCACCAAGUGCCCUGCGCCUCUGGCUAGAUUGGUGGUCAGUCUUGCUCUCCAGUCUAUGUAGACCCAAGGUUGCAUUCACGUCGGUUUUUUUGUGUUUUCUUUUUAUUUUUCAAAUAAAAAGGAUUACAGCACAAGAAGAAACACUUGAUUAAUUCUAACUGAUGAUAAUCCUGAGUUUCAAUUGACAGAUCAAUGGCUAGAAAUAUUUUUUUUCCAUGGGAAUGGUUGGAAAUAUUGGAAUCAACCCACUGGCCCCUAGAAGAUUACAGUAGUGCAUAAAAAGAAAUAAAUCAAAAAUUAUGAUCAAGGCGAAAUCGAGCAUGCAAGAACUUGCCAAAAGUGAUUUCGAGUCAUUCAUUUGUUAGAUGGACGGUACAAACCUCUUUCAGUU